UGCUGGUAUGUCUGUGCUAUGCACAAGGGACAGAGAUUACUGGAUGACAAAAUCGAAGAUCAUCUUCGAUGUCUUCGUCGAGGAGAUGGCACAACAGAGGGUUAUGAGGCAAUUUGGUCUUCUGCAGUUGGAGCUACCUCCCCCUAUAGAGAACCCGGUGCCAGCACACAUCCACAGGACGACAAGGAAGGGCAUGAACAGGACAACUGCUGAAUGGCUAGUUAGACUAGAGCCGUAUGUUAUAGAAUGGGAGACAACAAACACAAAUCUAUGGCACGAGAAUCACAAUUUCGAUCUCGAUGAAUUCAAUCUCUAUUUGCGGCGCUACAUGACCGGAACACGGUUACGCAUUGUUGAGUACUCCCACCCAGAGGAGUUACCGGAUCCUACUCCGUCGGAUAUGUACCCGAGCUAUGAUACUUUGGGCUCUAGGCAGUACGCGGCUACCUUGACACGCGAACUGUACGACGACGUGACCACCUUUGGACGAUCACUAUCGUCUGGACCUCUUCUUCAACAUCGUCCAGUGGUACAGCCCUUCUUGGAAAGAAUUCAGAAUAAGAUACGGACUGUGUACGAGGCUAUCACGUGCACCCGGAGAACCGAUGUUGUUCAGCACGAGCAGGAGCAGCCGCGUCACUCCAUGCAACGACAUCAACCACGUCCACGCCUAGCACAGCAGCCGACAACCAGGCCACCCCGUCCUGACCAACCUGGCAGUUCUACGUGGCACCCGCAGCACUAUGGUCCCACGUCGAGCUUCGUGUUUUCUCCACAGCCACAGCAACACGGUCCCUCGUCGAGCUUCGUGUUUUCUCCACAGCCACAGCAGCACGGUCCCUCCAGUUUCGUGUUUCAGCCAGAGCAGACGUCACACCUAGCAGGUAUGUGUCUUCAUAUUUAUUGUUUUCAAUAUUAAUUGACGCGACCUCAUUCUUCAUGAUGAACCGUUCCAUCGCGUAGGGGCCUAUGGAUAUCAGGCGUCUAUGUCGGCAUCACAUGAUACGUGGGGGAGUGAUCAACAUCCCGAGGACAACAUACAGGCUCAGAUGUCGCAGCACACCCAGUGGAUGAACAUGUUUUCGACUCCUCCACCAGGCCCCACACAGGAUACACAGCAUGACCAGGGAGAGUCUGAGAUUCCUCCUCGUCACGUUAGGGCACCCGACAGGUUGGGAUGGUCCCCGAUUCCAGAUCCGCCUCCCCGCCAGGCCAGACGUCGUCACUGACGCUUCUAUGUAUCUGUAUCAGUAGAGACAUUACCAUCUAUUUCUGUGUAAGACUUAUGUCUAUUCUAUGUAUGAGACAAAUGACU